AUGUCCGUGGCAGUAGUACCCGAAUCAAACAUAAUGUAUUCCACUGUAUCAGUAUGGAUGCAUAAAAUCUGGAAUUCUGCCUUCCAUGUUGUUGGCUUUGAGAGCAUGGAAUUUAAUGAACUUGUUCUCCUACUCCUCUUCAUCACUCUUAAUUUGAUAUUUCUCCUACUCCCUUUCGAGAAUGGCGUAUCCACCGCAUCCGACCUCGUCAACCGAGCAGCUCAUGUAGCCCUGGCCAACUCUGCAUUUGUAUUUCCGCUGGCGACUCGCAACUCUGUCUUUGUGACUCUUAUUGGAGUGCCGUUCGAACGCAUAAUCAAGUUUCAUAGAUGGACCGGUCGCAUGAUAUUUUUCAUGAUUGCAUUACAUGGCGGUACUCACAUUCAGCAGCAAUACUCGGCCACUGAAUCGAUCAGCAAAGCCUUGUUCGGAGACAAUCAAUAUUUGACUGGCAGUCUCGCAUUCCUGUCCAUAAUAAUUAUCGUGAUCACGUCCCACGCGGUUAUCAGGCGGUUCGCAUUCGAGGCAUUCUGGUGGUCACAUUUCACCUUUAUCUUCUUUAUCAUAUUCGGAGUUUUGCAUAACGAGUGGUUUGCACCAUACGUCGCAUUCGGAAUAUCGCUAUACGUGGUAGAUAGAUUGAUUCGAUUUGUGAAAAGCAAUAUCAAGAGCAUCAAAGUCGUCAACAUUGAGCCAAUACAGACAGGAGUCACUCGAGUGGUGUUCGAAAGGGAUAUGCAUUACGAAGCAGGACAAUAUGCGUUCGUCAACUUCCCCAACUUGAAUGCUCCCUUGAGCUUGGUAACAUGGCACCCGGUAUCGCUGUCAUCUGCUCCAUCAAUAGAAGAUGAUGGCAUUCCUUUACACACCGUUCAUCUAAAGGCUGCCGGUGGAUUUACGAAAAUGCUCUACGAGAAAGCACGGAAUCAGUCGGGAAUGUCUCCUGGUGUACUAAGAAUGAAGUUCGAUGGACCGUAUGGGAAACCAUCUUUGGAGUUCUCUGAGCAAAGAACAGUCAUGUUGGUGUCUGGUGGUAUUGGUGUUACACCUAUGAUAAGUAUAUUACGUGACUUGGUGGACAAGCAGUUAUCUGGACUACCAUUGGCAACGCAGGCAAUAUACUUUAUAUGGGUUAUACCGGAUAUCGAUUCUUAUGCAUGGUUCGCAUCGGAGCUCCAGGAACUUCUUCAUAGGGCAUCUGCUCUACCAGACAACAAGUACAUAAUAGACGUUAAAGUAUUCUUGACUAGAUCACAGACCACUCCAUCAUCAAUAUUCUUCCAGGGAAGACCCAGCUUUGAUUUCUUACUAAAGAGUGUAAAAGAUUUCCAUGGAUCAGGUGAUAUAGCAGUCGGUGUGUGCGGACCAGCUGUUAUGAUAAAAGAAGUUAAAAACUCGGCAAUGGCAAGGAGUGAUCGAUAUGGAUUAGUGAAUGUACAUUCAGAAACUUACGAGUUGUAG